ACCUGUGGACCUGCCGGGCAGGGCGGCGACUCCAGAGUUGGGAAAAACCUUGAUCGAUGAGCAGACGUAGCUGUCACCAGCAAAACGGAAAAUGGAUGACGGACACAGAGUGAGCAAACUGCUUUCGAGCCAUGGGGCUCGGGUCCCAGGCGGCAGCGGCGGCGUAACAUCCCCAGCAAACGACAGGAGAGGAACUGGUCGCAGGCACCGAGAGUCACCCCACAGCCAAGCAGCUAGCCUCCGGUACCUUCUCCUUUUCACCUGGACGCCGGCCCUCGUUCCCCUUUUUCGUCUCUUGAGGGUGGAAAUGUCGCGGGUUGUGCACAGUAGCACGCACUCAGGCUCCUCGCUAAGCUGCAGAUGGAUGGAUCAUAAAUUCAGACAGCACAACGAAGAAACUCUGAAUCUACUUGAUACCAUGGCUAAAAACGUCACUAACACCACUGAAGUGGAGGUCACCGUGGCCUUCCCUAAUCACCUGUACCGCCAGGUUUCCAAAUCAUCAGCUGAGGAUAAACUGGUUUUCACAGUUCAGGUUCUGGAGGAGGUGGCUGUCCUGUUUGAGGAGGAUCACAGCUCUGCAUCAUGGGAGGACGGCACAGUGAGGAACUUUCUCAAUAUUGUCAACAAACAGGCUAAAGAGCUUCACUCCUGUAUUGGGAGCCACGGUCACAAGAUGAAAACCACAAAGCUGCACAUGUAUUUUAAGAGACUCUCACAUCAUAUCUUAAAGGAAAUGGGUCACAGUGCUGAAGCCUGGGAGGUGAUCAGGAAGGAAACCAAAGCCCAUCUAAUGAGAGCAGAACAGCUGGCUUCGUCUCUGCACACUGCCCACUAAAACCUGUCUGUUGUCAUGUCUGUGAUGACGGCUGUGUUCUUCUAAUUGCUUGUCUAUUUAUUUUAUUUAUUUAUUUAUUUACUUGGUUGUUUGUAUAUUUAUUUUUGUUUUGAUUGUUUUUCUAUGCUGAUCAAGAUUUUGUAAAAAUUUUGUCUUCAUAAUGAGCAAAAUGAACAUUUU